AUGAAGACCUCCAGGACGUGGGCUUGGAGGGCACCGGCAGAGCUGUUUCUUCUCUGUGCUGCCCUGGGAUCCCUCAGUGUGCCCAGCUCCAGAGGUGAAAGGCCACCCUCUCUUGGGUCAAACGCAGUCAAUGAGAGCCUUGCCAAGACUAGACAGACGCGGAGUGUGGAUGUCACGCCAUUGCCUAUUGAUUGUGAGCUGUCCAGCUGGUCCUCCUGGACCACGUGUGAUCCCUGUCAGAAGAAAAGGUAUAGACAUGCCUACUUGAUCCGGCCCUCUCAGUUCUAUGGGGAACCAUGCAACUUCUCCGACAAGGAAGUUGAAGACUGUGUUUCCAACAGACCAUGCAGAAGUCAAGUGCGAUGUGAAGGCUUUGUGUGUGCGCAGACAGGGAGGUGCAUAAACCGAAGACUUCUUUGCAACGGGGACAAUGACUGUGGAGACCAGUCAGAUGAGGCGAACUGUAGAAAGAUUUAUAAAAAAUGUCAGCAGGAAAUGGAGCCAUACUGGGCCAUUGGCAACCUGGCCAGUGGGAUUAAUUUGUUCACAAACAAUUUGGAGGGCCCGGUUCUAGAUCACAGGUAUUACGCCGGUGUGUGCUCCCCCCAUUACAUACUCAACACGAGGUUUCGGAAACCAUACAACGUGGAAAACUUCACUCCACAGACCCAAGGCAAAUAUGAAUUUACGCUGACAGAAUAUGAAUCGUACUCAGAUUUCGAACGUAACGUCACAGGGACGGCAAUUAGCAUGUCUAGUUUCAACGUGGGUUUGAAACUUAGUGGAAUAUUUGAACUUGGCUAUAGCAGCACAAGUAAUAUUGGCCAACAUUUUAUUAGCAGGAUCAAACGAUUCUCUCACACGAAAAGCAAAUUCCUGCAUGCGCGCUCUGACCUUGAAGUAGCACAUUACAAGCUGAAACCCAGAAACCUCAUGCUGCAUCACGAAUUCCUUCAGCGAGUCAAGCGGCUGCCCUUGGAAUACAGCUACGGGGAGUACAGAGAUCUCUUCCGUGAUUUUGGAACCCACUACAUCACAGAGGCCGUGCUUGGGGGCAUUUAUGAAUACACACUCAUCAUGAACAAAGAGGCGAUGGAGAGAGGAGAUUACUCUCUUAAGGAUGUCCAGACCUGUGCUAAACAUGAUUUUAAAAUCGGCGCCACCAUAGAAGUGGUCUAUUUGAGGCUGGGUGUGUCAGAGGCAAAGUGCAGUGACAUUCUCAAUGAGAUAAAAGACAGAAACAAGAAGGACAGCAUGGUGGAAGACUUGGUGGUCCUUGUACGAGGAGGAGCGAGUGAGUAUGUCACAGCCCUGGCAUAUCGAGAGCUGCCAACAGCAGACCUGAUGCAGGAAUGGGGAGAUGCAGUGCAAUACAAUCCCGACAUCAUCAAAGUGAAGGUAAUGCCUCUGUACGAACUGGUGACAGCCUCGGACUUCGCCUAUUCCAGCACAGUGAGGCAGAACAUGAAGAAGGCCCUGGAGGAGUUCCAGAAGGAAGUCAGCCCCUGCCAGUGUGCCCCCUGCCAGGGGAACGGAGUCUCUGUCCUGAAAGGAACACGCUGUGAGUGCAUCUGUCCUGCUGGGUUCCAAGGCUCGGCCUGUGAGGUCACGCAUUGGAAAAAUGUCCCCAUCGAUGGGAAGUGGAAUUGCUGGUCAAACUGGUCUCCGUGUUCUGGAGGACAUAAAACAAGACAAAGGCAGUGCACCAAUCCACCUCCUGGAAAUGGGGGCGACCCCUGUUUGGGCCCUGCUUCAGAAACACUUAACUGUUAA